AUGGUUGCGGGUCUUUCGGGUAUCUUCUGUCAUGCCGCUGUCCAUCGCGCUAGACCUUUCUCCAACGAUGCAGAGGCGUCUGCUCCUAGACGUUCCAAACACCUUAUGUACGGGAAUGGCCUUUGUAUCCUUUCAAAAUCCUUCUCGGCCCAGCGUUUGAGUGCCCUCCUUGUGCGGGCAUCAACUAUCGUCUCGAACAAGCUCUACCUCAAAUUGCCUUCACCGCUCUACACUGAGCCCUGCCUCCAAACCUGGAAGGAACUCAUAUCUGUUUGCUAUGCAACGGCGAGUACCGCCUGUCCCUCCACCAGCGUUUGCCUCCUACUUCCACGUCACGCGCCAGUUGAAGUGACGGCCAGCAGAAAGUUUGAAGUCGUAAUUACCGAUUCGGAUGCAGUUGACAACGCGCCUGCUCUCGACGUUGCGAGUAAGCUGGGAAAUGUGGUCGGGGCCAAAGUCCAGUCCUGGUCUGAUCUCGGCCCGGACAGCGAUUCCCAGUAUGGUGCCAAGACGGACAAAGGGACUGUCCACCCUCAGUCCUCGGUGUGCCUUGGCGGAACCUUUGACCAGUUGCACAAUGGUCAUCGCGUCUUGCUGAGUGUUGCAGCCUUGGUGGCUCAACGGAAACUCCUGGUGGGCGUAACGGAUACCAGCAUGCUUCAGAAGAAGGUUCUUGCACCACUCAUCGAGACGUAUGAUGAACGCUGUCGGGCCGUGGCCGAUUUCCUCCGGGAUAUCAACGGUACUACUGAGGAGCCGAUUAUCUUUGCACGUCUGACGGAUCCUUUUGGGCCUCCGAUCAACGAUCCAGACUUCACUUGCAUAAUCGCCAGUCCCGAGUCAGUGUCGGGCUGUCAGAAGAUCAACCAAAUACGUUCUGAAAAGAACUUUCCUCCUCUGCACAUUGAAGAGAUACAAUUCACCAAGGGCGAAGUUUGCGGUCCCACAAAGGAACCCCAUUGCCCCGCCGCCUGGCCUGAGGAGAAAGUAAGCUCGUCCACUGCUCGACUCCAACUGUUGGGUCGCCUUAUUCGUCCACCGAGAUCCCAGGCCGCCUCUGGUCAGGGCGACAGGCGGCGACCCUACGUAAUUGGCCUCGCAGGUCCUGCAGGGUCUGGCAAGUCCUCCAUCAGUCGCCACCUGACGGACUUUGGUGGUGAGCGGCUGUCUAUCCUGCCCGCGGACCAAAUUGCUCACGGUAUCUACGACAUUGUCUGGCCGGAGAUCGCUCUGUCGCUGGAGGAGGAGAUCACUCGAAUCCAGGCCCGCACGCCAGCCUCAUCACCGCUGCCCGUUGUAGUGAUUGAUGCGGCCCUCCUCUUUGAUGGAGGCUGGAACAAGCUGUGCGAUGAGGUGAGUCCACUUUCUCCUUGCACCCCUCUCCCCCUCGCUCUGCAAGUCUACCUCUUUUUUGUAUUUUGA